CACAAAGAGAGGUGAGCAGAGGAGAAGGGAAGAGAGAUAUUUCUAAGGCAAAGCAAUGAGGCUUUCAAUCCUUUCUUCUUUGCUUUUACCAGUGUUUCUUUUCUCUCUUUUGCAGAGUCCCACUUUUGCUAUCAAAAAGUCUUACAUAGUGUACUUGGGAGAGCAUAAACAUGGUAUAGAGCCCACAGCGGCUGACCUUCAUCAAGCGACGAAUUCUCAUUAUGAUUUGCUGGGUUCAUUAGUCGGAAGCACUGACAUAGCCAAAGAGAAGAUAUUCUACUCGUAUACUCAAAACAUCAACGGUUUUGCUGCUGUCCUGGAUGAGGAAGAAGCAGCAGAGAUUGCAAAGCAUCCGGAAGUUGUGUCGGUUUUCUUGAACAAAGGGAGAAAGCUGCAUACAACACGGUCAUGGGAUUUCCUCGGAUUAGAGAAUGAUGGAGUUAUCCAUUCUUCCUCUAUCUGGAAGAAGUCCAGGUUUGGUGGAGAUACAAUCAUCGGAAACCUUGACACAGGUGUCUGGCCGGAAUCGAAGAGCUUUAGCGAUGAAGGGAUGGGGCCUAUCCCAUCAAGGUGGAAAGGAUCCUGUCAGAAUGAUCCUGAUGAUGGAGUUCACUGCAACAGGAAGCUGAUCGGAGCAAAGUACUUCAACAAAGGUUAUGCAGCUGUCCUUGAUGGUAAACUCAAUGCCACCCUCGAGACUGCAAGGGACAACCAGGGCCAUGGAACCCACACCCUAUCAACAGCUGGUGGUAGCUUUGUUCCUGGAGCAAACGUAUUAGGUUUUGGUAAUGGAACUGCAAAAGGAGGAUCACCAAAAGCUCGUGUGGCUGCUUACAAAGUAUGCUGGCCCCCCAUCGAUGGCAACGAGUGUUUUGAUGCAGAUAUCCUGGCUGCCUUUGAUGCUGCAAUAAGCGAUGGUGUUGACGUGCUUUCUGUGUCAUUGGGUGGUGAAACAACUGAAUUUUUUGAAGAUGGGACUUCGAUUGGAUCCUUCCAUGCUAUGAGGAAAGGCAUUUCUGUGGUUGCUUCUGCUGGCAACGACGGGCCAGAUCCAGAAACUGUAACGAAUGUGUCACCCUGGGUGUUUACCAUUGGUGCUAGCACACUUGACCGGGACUUCAUCAGUUAUGUUGAACUAGGCAACGACAAGCGCCUCAAGGGAGCAAGCAUGGCUACUUCAAGCUUGUCUUCUAGGAGUUUCUAUCCAUUGAUCAGUGCUGAAACGGCGAAAGCAGCCAACGCAAAAGCUGCAGACGCAAUCCUCUGUCAGCCUGGAACACUUGAUCCCAAAAAGGUUAAGGGGAAGAUUAUAGUCUGUGUUCGAGGAGUCAACGCAAGAACAGACAAGAGUCAGCAGGCUCUUCUUGCAGGCGCGGUUGGAAUGAUUCUCGCCAAUGAUGAGAAAAGUGGAAAUGGAAUUAUGGCAGAUCCUCACUUGCUCCCAGCUACACACAUAAGUUUCACUGAUGGUGAAACUGUUUUUGCAUACAUCAACUCAACCAAGAAGCCAACAGCAUAUAUUACUCCCGCGAAGACAGAAUUGGGUUCAAAGCCUGCUCCUUUUAUGGCUUCUUUCUCUUCUAGGGGACCCAAUGUGAUUGAACCAUCAAUCCUCAAGCCUGAUAUAACUGCACCAGGAGUGAGCAUCAUUGCAGCUUUUUCUGAAGCAGUUGGGCCAUCUGAAGAAACAUCUGACAAGCGUAGGAUGCCUUUCACCAGCAUGUCUGGAACCUCCAUGUCAUGCCCCCAUGUUUCUGGUAUUGUUGGCCUUCUCAAGAGCCUCCACCCUGACUGGAGUCCAUCAGCUAUCAAAUCUGCAAUCAUGACCAGCGCAAGAACAAGAGAUAACACUGGGAACCCGAUGGUUGAUUCAACCAACAAGAAGGCAACCCCGUUUGCUUACGGUGCAGGGCACGUGAGACCAAACCGUGCAAUGGAUCCUGGUCUUGUCUACGACUUAACGGUAGAUGAUUACUUGAACUACUUGUGUUCCCGUGGCUACAAUCAAAGCAUGAUAAGACUGUUCUCAGACAAGCCAUACACUUGUCCCAAGUCAUUCAGUUUGUCAGACUUCAACUACCCUUCCAUUUCAGUUGAUAAGUUCGGUGGCUCAGCAACGGUUAGCAGGAAGGUGAAGAAUGUUGGUUCACCGGGGACUUACAGAGCCCGGGUCAGAUCACCAGCCGGGGUUACAGUUUCAGUCAACCCUUCAACUUUAACAUUUGAGAAGAAGGGUGAAGAGAAGAAAUUUGAAGUGACAUUCAAGGCAAAGAGUAAUGGACAGCCUGCAGGCUUUGUAUUUGGGCAGUUGAUUUGGUCUAAUGGUCAUCACUACGUGAGGAGUCCUCUUGUGGUGAAGCACAAGUAGAUUUGGUGAAAUAGGGUUGAUUAAUUAGGAUUUGAUCAUUAUUAUUCUCAUUCCAUUCUUUGGGAAAGAUUAAACAAGAAGAUGGCAAUUGUAAUGGCAUUAAUUUCUAGUAGGUAAUAAGAAAAAAAUAGAAGGUUUAUUCCUAUUCUUGGUUGA